CGAGCGUGUUGACCACUGCUUGUCUCGUGGAUAUAAGUGAGGGAAGCUAAACCACAAUCAUGACUGACGCGCAACAGGAGGCCCGCUCAUAUCUGAGCGAGGAAAUGCUUGCCGAGUUCAAGGCUGCCUUCGACAUGUUCGAUACUGACGGUGGCGGUGAUAUCAGCACCAAGGAGUUGGGUACUGUCAUGAGGAUGUUGGGUCAGAAUCCAACCAGAGAGGAGCUGGAAGAAAUCAUCGAGGAGGUCGAUGAAGACGGCAGCGGCUCCAUCGACUUUGAAGAGUUCUUGGUCAUGAUGGUGAGACUCCUUAAGGAGGACCAGGCUGGCAAGAGCGAGGAAGAGUUGGCCGAAUGCUUCCGCGUGCUGGACAAGAACGGUGAUGGCUACAUCGACAGAGAUGAGUUUGCUGAGAUCAUCCGCAGCACUGGUGAAUCCAUUUCAGAGGAGGAGAUCGAUGAGCUGCUUAAAGACGGAGACAAAAACAACGAUGGCAUGCUGGACUUUGAUGAAUUCCUCAAGAUGAUGGAGAACGUGCAGUAAAAACAGAGACUCAUGGACAUUCCUCUCCCCUUUCACCCCUGCCGACUGAAUCCCUGCCCUCAUAACGCCACCCAAACUCACUUUCCCCUUUUGUCCUCUUUCUGCCUCCAUCUCACCUCCGCAGCAGACAGACAGAUGAACACUUGUGUGGGGUUUGCCAAGGCUGGGCUCCCACUGAUCCUCAUACGCAAGACCCAAGGAGCGAAGCUGUGGUGUGGUUCGCAGCUUCAUGAUGUUGAUAUGUUCGCUAGAAACACACGCCAUGGUAGACCCCUCAUUUGUGGGUGUCUUUAGUCUAGAUUUAGUCUAGAUCAGCAGCUUGUUAUCGCUGCAUAGACCAAUGCCAAAGCCACAACCACUACACUGUAUUUAAGAACAAACGCUUGAAAACAGAAUAAAAAAUAAAACACAUGUUGUUUAGUAUUUUUGAUUUAUGAUUUAUCAAGGUCUCUGACCCCGAUUAGAUUAUAGUUUCUGUAUAUACAGCGCCUAUAGAAAACCAGCACCCCUGUGAAAUGAUUACUUUUAUUUGUCAUGCAGCCUGAAAUCAAAUCACAUUCCAAAUAACUUUUCCAGCCUUUGAAAUGUCUGUGAAGCCUUCUCCUAACCUGUGCUUUUCUACAACUUUAUCCUUAAGGUCUUUGAAAGCAGGGUGUAAUGUGAGUAAAGGUAAAGAUUUUCACAGAGUAUGAUGGUUUUUUAUAGACGCUGUAUGUAUAGACCAAAAACGUUUAAUGUUCAUAUAUAUUAGCAGCAAGACCCCAACUCCAGAUUAUUUUACAAAUACCCAAGUGCUUUAAAUAUUUCUUAAAUUAUUAUGCUCUGAAGCCUAGUUCUCAUCCACUGCACAUAUUGCUUUGCAACAUGACAUUUAUUUUUUGUGUGGUGUGUGUAAAUCAGUAAAUUCUGUCUUGUUUAUCUGGU